CUCUCUCCAUCCCCUCCCCCCCUGACAAAGCACACCUGCCUGAUCUUGGCUACUGGCGUCCACUCUGCGAUCAGCCUUCGGCCUGCCGUGCUGCACAUCAGCUCCAGCCUUCUCUGGAUUUCUGAGUGUUUCGUCUGCAGCUCUACACUGUCCUGUACGUGCAGGCCUCUGUUAGCAACAUGAAAUCGGCCUGUCUCUCCCUGCUUUUGGUGUCCGUAUGCUGGGCUCUGCCCUUCCAUCAAUCUGGCUUCCUGGACUUCAUGAUGGAGGAUGAACCAGCUUCAGGAGAUGGUCUGGACUUGCCCGUGACUCGUAAACCACCCACUGGCAAACGUCCUCAACCACCCGAGGGUCCUGAGGGACCUGAUGGACCUGUCUGCCCAUUCCGAUGCCAGUGCCAUCUGCGAGUUACUCAGUGCUCUGAUCUUGGUCUGAAGGCUGUUCCAGAAAAAAUCCCACUUGAUACCACACUGUUGGACUUGCAGAACAACAAGAUCACAGAGAUCAAUGAAAAUGACUUCAAAGGCCUGAAGAGUCUUCAAACACUCAUCCUGGUAAACAAUAAGAUCACCAACAUCCAUGCCAAGGCCUUUUCUUCUCUCAUCAGCCUGGAGAGGCUUUACCUGUCAAAGAAUCUCCUAAAGGAAGUUCCUGCCAACAUACCGAAAAGCCUUCAGGAGCUGCGCAUUCACGAGAACCAGAUUAACAAGAUAAAAAAGUCCUCCUUUGCUGGCAUGGCCAAUGUCAUCGUCAUGGAGCUUGGCUCUAACCCUCUGAGCAGCUCCGGGAUUGAUAAUGGAGCUUUCGCUGAUCUGAAGAGAGUCUCUUACAUCCGUAUCGCUGACACCAAUAUCACUUCCAUUCCUAAAGGUUUACCCAGUUCUCUGUUUGAACUUCACUUGGAUGGAAACAAGAUCACCAAAGUGACCGCAGGCAGUCUGAAGGGCCUCAAGCAUCUGUCCAAACUGGGUCUAAGCAAUAAUGAGAUCAGUGUGGUGGAAAAUGGCUCUCUGGCAAAUGUGCCACACCUGAGGGAACUUCACUUGGAAAAUAAUGCAUUGACUGCAAUCCCACCUGGCCUGCCAGACCACAAAUACAUUCAGGUGAUCUACCUUCAUGCCAACAAGAUUGCUGCUGUGGGAACAGAGGACUUCUGCCCUCCUGGCUAUAAUACAAAGAAGGCCAUGUACUCAGGCAUUAGUCUGUUCAGUAAUCCAGUGCCCUAUUGGGAGGUCCAGCCAAUCACAUUCCGUUGCGUCUUUGACCGCUCAGCCAUACAGCUGGGCAACUACAGGAAAAAAUAAAUUAACCAAUCAGAGGGCUCAAUCACUGUUUUCAUCCCGUCCCUUCCUGUUUGACCCUAAACCUUUCAAGCACAUAAUUUAGUUUGUAUGCCAUAUCUCAUUUAACUCAAUAUAAACAGCAAUUCCAUUGUCAAGAUGCAGUUUUCCACACUGUACCAUUGAUACAGACCGAUUUUUAUGCAAUACUUCAAUACAUCUAGAAGCAGUAAUAGCAAGCAAAUAACCAAAUGCAUUUCAGUAAUGUCAUAAUAUCUCUCUGAAAAUACAUAUUGUCUUGCUAUAAUUGCAGUUUUUGAGCCAUGGCCACUUUGAAUAUCCAAUAGCGCACAUUGCCCUUAAAAAUAAACAGUGCGUGAUAAAAUUAUCUUUUUUUUAAGCCAUGUUCUUAAAGAGAUAGUUCACCCAAAAAUGAAAAUUGUGUCAUUAUUUACCACGCUAAUGAGUUGUUCCAAACUUGUAUGUCUUUGUUUCUUCCGUGGAACAUUGAAGGAGAUAUUUGGCAGAAUGUGAGCUUCAGUCACUAUUCACUUUCAUUGCAUCCUUUUUCCAUACAGUGAAAGUGAACGAAGACUGAGGCUCACAUUCUGCUUAACAUCUUCUUUUGUGUUCCACAAAAGAAAAAAAGUCAGUAAAUGAUGGCACAAUAUUCAUUUUUGGGUGAAUUAACCUUUUAAGCUGGCCUGCAGAGCAGGCAGCAAGGAGUUAACACAUGUCAACCUGUGCCAUUAACAAAAGCUUGUAUACUAGAGUGUACUCAGUUAUAACUUUCUGUGUAGUGCUAGUGUUCGGAUGGGCUGUUAAACGAUUGUACACACAUUCUUAACGUCUUUCUUUUGUAGUCAUUUGAAAUUGUAGAGUAGAGUUUUUCUUCCUCCCAGUGACAUUUGUGUGCAUUGGUUUCUUUGGAUCCCGGCUGCCAUGUAACAUAGUGUAGAGCGCUCUACCCAGGUGAACAUAGCUCUUCAAGAUGUAUAAUAAACUAUGUGUCAUUUUGAUGGAAGCAAUUCCCAAAAGCUUAUACGCAUGUUUUCUGUUCAGCUCCUAAAUGACUUGGCUAUGUUACGUGUGAGUGUGUGUGUUUGCACCUUUCAUUCUUGUUUUGUGUCCCCUUGUUUGUUUGUUUUUUGUAUCAUUCUGAAAGAUCGGUGGGGAGACGGUGGACAUGGACACCUCCUCCGCUUUCAUGAGAGUCUUGAAUGUCGCUUGUAUAGACGCUGUAUAUAAAUGCUGUAUAAAAGAAUACUAUCAAUGCUUUGAAGCACAAGCACUUACAGUAGUUUGGACUUUUAAUGUAUCGGCAAUAAAGCUAAUCCCUUUCCCUCUCUCUCUGUCCAAUGAAGGCUCCAACACAGGUUUCUUGAACCAAAUAAACAGUUGAAUAUAUCA